UGUUUCAGUGAAAGGUUUCCCAUAGACUGUAAAUUGGUUAAAUUGUUUUGUGAGCGUGUCAGGACGCGAAUGCUGGUCGAAGGCGUCCCAGGGUUUUUUUUCCCCUAAGCUUCAUCUCCUACUAAAAUGGUAAGGGGAUUUGAAACGGGAGGAAAUCAAUUAUCGGAUAAUAUUACAUUGCUCGAUACGAGUACGGCUUCGGAAAAGCGCCAUUCGACGGACUCAAAUUUCCCAGUAUUACCUGUGGCAAUAACAGUCAUUGUUAGCUCAAUCAUCGUUACAGUCCUGGUGACGUUGUAUCUUGUGAGAAGACAGCGCCAAGCAGAAAAAUAUAAACAGUAUUCCCAGAUAGCCGAGACUGCUGUUCAACCGCCGCAAUUUUCCGUUAAAACGACUCAACAACCUUUUCCAGCGAAGAAAAAGUUGUGUCGAACGAAAGAAAAAAUUAUUUCCUCUGAAGAGUCUCUUUCACCGAUGUCGAGCGAGGAAAUGUUUUUUGACGCACAGGAACGGCUUGAAGGGAAAGCAUCUCGUUCAAUUUCCAGUCGUGAGGCGAGCCCGGCAAGUGCGUUGGAAGAGGAAGAAAAAGAAGAAGACGAGGUGUACCCCGUCGACCAUCUUGGACGAAUUUGGUUCAAUUUAGAAUACGAUAAAUCAGCCGAAAGUUUAGCUGUGACAUUGGUCAAAGCACGAAAUCUUUCUACGCGCGGCAAAGCUUCCAAAACGUGCGAUCCGUUCGUAAAACUGCGCAUUCUUGGUCCAGAGGAAAAGGAGAGGAACGUGUCCCAGAGCAAGAAUAAAAGAAAAACAUGUCGGCCAAACUUUGACGAAAUGUUUUAUUUUAACAUGCCUGUUUCAGAGCUCAAGAGGUGCACACUUCGUUUAUCUGUAUAUGAUGGCUUUAGAGCAAGCCAGCAGAGUGUGAUCGGAGAAGUCUUGUUUCCUUUGAGUGAAUUGGACACAGAUCAGAAACUUGAGUUAUGGAGGGAUCUUGCCGCUAAUGAAGAGAGCCCGUCCGAACUCGGCGAAAUUCAUAUCUCAAUGUCUUACUACCCCACUCUAGACAGGCUGACGAUUAUCGUCCUUAGAGCGUCCAACCUCAAGAAAAUGGAGCCCCAUGGCACAGAUUCCUACCCUAAAGUGACUUUCUCUAUUGGAAACAAAAUAAUCAAGACUAAAAAAGGACCUCUUCACCAUGGAUCACGUGACCCGUUGUAUAACGAGUCCUUCAACUUCUCUGUGUCCGGAGAUGACCUGGGCUCUGGUACUUUACUGGUGUCAAUUAUGCACUCAAGGGGAGGGGGUAAGGAGGACCAGUUAGUCGGUAGAGUCCUUCUUGGGGGAAUGAUGUACGCGAGGGGGACUGAGUGCGAGCACUGGACUGAAAUGAUGACGAAUCCGCGAAACAUGAUAAAAUAUUGGCAUAAGUUGACAAGUUAAACACAGCAAUAUCUUAAAUCUUUUGUAGGUUACACUGAUUUAUUCGUGUGGUACUAUCCGAAGUAAUUUACGACGAAAAUUUGAAUUUCACCCAAGGGUUUAGAGCAGACAGAACGGCUUGAAAGUUCGAAAAACAUUCCAUAAGUUGAGCAAAGAUACAUUAACUUUAAAUAAUGGUCCUUCAAUACGUGACAUCUUAUUUUUUCGAAAAGUUCUCAAGAUUGCUUUGCUUUUCUCUUCCUCGCUUUUCUUCAAUCGAAUGAGAUCCAUCACAAAAAACCGACGGUGCCUCAGUUAUUCUAAUUUCUGUUUCAAGUGGUUUAUCUUUUAAUACUUUUAACUGUAAUUGGCUUUUUAUAGUUUUCUUCGUUCUGAUUGGUUUAUGUUGUUCCUUUGCAUGGUUUUAACUGUAUAGAACGCAUCGUUCCAAAAUACCGAAAUAGUGUUUAUAUUUUAUUUAAUCAUUUAUUACACCCAUUUUGAAAUCACUGGUGGUCCCUGUAAUCUGAUUGGCUCUAAUUGGUGCGAUUUAUUCACGAAUCGCACCUUUUUUUGCUAUAAAUCGCAUCAUUUUCCCAGCCAAUGAGGAGGCUACACUAAAAACAAAACAACCAAUCAGAUUUCAAGGCUUGUUUAAAGUAACCAA